UGUAGAAGCACAGUCAAAUUCUGGGCCUUGAAAUUUCACUCCUGAAGAAGGCGCAAAUGUAACCUUGCUUGCGCACUGGACUAAUAGAAAAUUUCAUUUAAAACGGAACACAUGGAUCCACCAUCAGAUUUCCCAUUUCCUUUUCCACCCUAUGAGCAGCAACACAGAUUCAUGCGAGAACUAUUCCUGGCCAUCGAAAAUAAGAAACUUGGAAUUUUUGAGAGCCCCACAGGAACGGGUAAAUCAUUGAGCAUGAUUUGUGGUACACUGUGCUGGCUACUCAAACAUGAAGAAAGGGAGAAGAAAGAAUUGGAAGAGGCAAUCUCAAAACUGGAAGCAGCCAUCAAGAAAAGUGAUGCAGAGGCUGGUGAUGAUUGGUUGAGUGCUCAGGGUGCAACAAUGAAGUUGAAACAGGAAAAGAUAGAGGCCCGCAUGAAACUCGAAGGACUGAUUAAAAAUGAGGAGCGGAUCAAAGCUAUUCGGUCCAAGAAAGAAAGAUCUGAGAAGAAAAAAGUUUACAACAAAUCGAAAACUGCAGGUCCAAAAUCAGCUGAAAAUGAAAACGAAGGACCGGAAAAGCCUACGAAUUAUGAUGAUGAUGAAGAUAUACUGUUGGAGGAUGACAUACUUCUGAAGACAAGUGUAGACAUAGAUGAUGAAGAUGAGGACAAAGAGAAUGAAGAUUUGUACUCAGGUGUUAAAGUAAUAUUUUGCUCCAGAACCCAUUCUCAACUGUCUCAGUUUGUAAGUGAAGUUCAACGUAGCCCGUUCUCUGAUGACAUACGAUUGGUGCCACUAGCCUCCAGACAGAAUUAUUGUAUCAAUGAUGCUGUAAGAAAGCUGUCCAAUUUGUCCUUAAUAAAUGAAAGAUGCAAUGAACUUCUUCAAAAGAAAUCAAAGUCAGUGGCAACCAAGCAAACUGCUAAUGGCGAAAAAGUUAAAAGAAAAAAAUGUGCUUCUGCUGGCUGCCUGUAUAACAAUUCAAACAACAUUGUUGAGCUCAGUGAUGACAUCAUCACAGAGGUGCAAGAUGUGGAACAACUUGUUGCGGCUGGUCGUUCGCUUAGUGCAUGCCCGUAUUUUGCAUCACGCGGCGCUGUGCCUAACUCCCAGAUAAUUGUAGUGCCUUAUAACACCUUACUUCAUAAACCAACGCGGGAUGCCUGUGGGGUGAAACUUAAAGACAAUGUUGUUUUGAUCGAUGAAGCUCACAACUUACUGGAUGCCAUUGCACAAACUCACAGCACCUCCAUCACGGGAAUGCAGAUUGCAUAUGCAUACAGUCAGUUGUCACAGUACAGGGACAAGUAUGAAUCUCGUUUUAGUGCCACCAACUUACUGUAUCUGAAUCAGCUGAUUUACAUUGUCGGAAAGCUCAUCAGUAUGUUAGGAGGUAAACCAGGCUGUGACCCAAUCGAAAGCAGCAGAGGAGGAAUCGACACAAAACUUUAUGAAGUUCCAAAUUUUGUCUUUCAAGCUCAGAUUGACAAUCUCAAUAUUUACCAAUUACUAGAAUUUUGCACUAAAAGCCGAUUAACUCACAAGCUGCAAGGUUUUUCGGAGCGGUAUCAGCCUUCAGUUGUUAUCCACAAACCAACCCCUCCUGCAACGGGGGGAAUCAAAUCAUUUUUGCAGCAAAUUGUCGAUGAUAAGAAAAAAAUCAAAAAGAAGGUUGAACCAGAACCUGUGGAAGAAAAACCUAAAGAUCAACCGACUUGCAACAACCCUAUCCUGCCUGUAUUAGCUUUCAUCACAAGUUUAACAAGUCACACAGAGGAUGGAAGGGUUGUCUGCUCCAGACAAGCAACUGUUGGUAAAGGGUCGCUCAAAUUCUUGCUCCUGAAUCCUGCCAGUCAGUUUGUGCAAGUUGUUAAAGAAGCCAGAUGUGUAAUACUGGCUGGAGGUACAAUGGAGCCUAUCAGUGAGUUCAAGGAACAACUCUUCAUGGCAGCUGGCGGAGACCCAGCUCGAAUUGUUCAUCACUCUUUUGAUCAUGUCAUUCCACAGGAAAAUAUUUUACCAAUUAUUUUCAAUGCUGGUCCCACCGGCAAGCAACUGGAUUUCUCCCACCAGUUUAGAUCAACUCAGUCCAUGCUGAGUGAGUUGGGACGAAUUUUGAUCAAUGUAUGCAAUGUAGUUCCUGCCGGUGUAGUCUGUUUCUUCCCUUCUUACGAUUAUGAAAACCUGGUUUUCACGCAUUUUGAGAAGACUGGCGUGAUUGAAAAAAUAUCCCUCAAGAAGAAAGUUUUUCGUGAACCCAAGAAACCUGGCCAGGUUGAGACUGUGUUAUCCCAGUAUGCAGCAGUGAUUCAUCAAGCUGGAUCUGGUAGUAAACUGAGUGGUGCUCUGCUUUUCAGCGUAAUAGGAGGCAAGUUAAGUGAAGGUUUGAACUUUAGUGAUGACCUUGGACGUUGUGUGGUAGUUGUUGGUUUACCUUACCCCAAUUCUCAGUCACCAGAACUUCAGGAAAAAAUGAAAUAUCUCAACGAACAUAUCGGAGAAGGUACAGGGCAGCGGCAUUAUGAAGCCCUGUGUAUGCGAGCAGUAAACCAAUCAAUUGGCCGUGCAGUGAGGCACAGCAAAGACUAUGCGGCAGUAUUAUUGCUAGAUCAUCGCUACUCUCGGCGGAACACAACUUUAGCGUUACCAUCCUGGAUUCAAGCAUCAUUGCAAACUCAAGAAAAGUUUGGACCAGGGUUUGCUCAAAUAGCCAAGUUUUUUUCAGCCAAGAAGAAUUUGUAGAUCCUCACCAACUUUUAUCGGUGGUUUUAAGCUCAUAAACUGUUUUAUGAAGCUUCCUCUAAAAAUGCGAGAAAAGGGUGAGCUUAACCUUUUAUUCAUUUUUGUUUUCAAUUUGUUCCUUUUGUUUUUGCUACGUUUCAGAAGUCCUUUAAGUAGCUUUCCUUUUACCCUUAAAAAGUUUAUCUUAUUUCCAGUUACCUAUGAUUCUCUACCUUAAAGCUAUAUCGUCAUCCUUAAUAACAUUCAUUUUCCAAAGAUUAAAUACAGGGUUGUUAACGUUAUCACUCUGACCUUUGAAAUUUACAUGUUAAAAUUCAUAAUGACAACAGUUUCAAGGAACUUCAUUUCUAAACUGCUGCCUUGAGAAGCACUAUACCAUCUUCAUGUACACAAUAUUUUUAGCUUUUGUAAUUUUUCAUAAUUUGUUGAUUUUUUGUUUUAAAUUUUGCCAUACUUUUUCAUUGAGAAUUACUCGUGUAAAGUGAAUUUUUUCAUAAUUCUUUCUUUAUCGAGCAUUUCAUUACUUUAAUAAGUUCUGAUCCAGGAUUGUUUUAAGCGUCAUAUUUAUCAGCACGGUCUAAAGCAGUUCUAUGACUGUUUCUUCUGUUUUUAUCACAAUUCCAUGACUUUUGGUUGGUUCUUGCGUGAACAUUGAACAAUGAACAAAAAUCUUAAUGUGCUAAUCAGUUUGACUUUUUUCGAAACCUUAAAUCUAGGCAUAUUUCUCGGUAAUGCUCUCAAAGAAAUGCACCCAUCAAAUUUUUAAUUUUUUGUAUGUAUAAGUUACUUUUACAGUGCGCUAGGGUGCUCUAUGACACCUACCUGCCUUAGAAAGAAAUAAUUUAUUCUCGAAACUGGGGAAAUUUUUUCUCAAACUAAUUUGUGAUUGUAUUAAAGAAUUUAUGGUUAGACCAUUCUAAACGCA